CGACGGUUCACAUCAAUCCAGGAAGAAGCAUCAUAGCUUCCUGCUUCCUUCUUCCCACGUGUGUGAAUUCAGAUUAUCUCUUACACUUAUAAAAAUCCCCCUCAACUCACUCCCUCUCCCCCCCACUGUGACUAAAAAUUGCUUUAUCAUCAACAAUACAAAUCCCAUCUCUCUCUCUCUCUCUCUCUCUCUCUCUCUCUCUCUCUCUCAUCUGACUCUCUGAGCGGCCAUGGACAACAUUGGUGAUGAGUACAAACAUUACUGGGAAACCAAUAUGUUCCUCCAAACUCAAGAGCUUGACAGCUGGGGAUUGGAUGAGGCUUUUUCUGGGUACUAUGAUUCCAGCUCACCAGAUGGAGGAGCUUCUUCCAUGGCCUCCAAAAACAUUGUGUCUGAAAGGAACAGGAGGAAGAAGCUCAACGAAAGGCUCUUUGCUCUUAGAGCAGUGGUCCCCAAAAUAAGCAAGAUGGAUAAGGCUUCUAUAAUCAAAGACGCCAUUGACUACAUCCAGGAGCUUCAUGAACAAGAAAGAAGAAUUCAGACAGAGAUAGGGGAGCUAGAAUCUGGGAGAUCAAAGAAAAAUCUGGGUUCUGAAUUUGAUCAAGAGCUGCCAGUCUUGUUGAGGUCAAAGAAGAAGAAAAUUGAGCAGCUCUAUGAUUCCGGAGGAUCAAGAACUUCCACCAUUGAAGUGCUUGAACUUAGGGUUACAUAUAUGGGGGAAAAGACAGUGGUGGCUAGCUUGACAUGUAGCAAAAGAACGGACACAAUGGUAAAAUUGUGUGAGGUCUUCGAAUCUUUGAAGCUCAAAAUCAUUACAGCAAAUAUUACUGCUUUCUCUGGGAGAGUCUUGAAGACAGUCUUCAUUGAGGUAAUUAAACUCACUUUGCUAAAUUGCUUAUUCUAUAUGCGUCCCAGGCACCAUACCAAAUAUAUCAUGUGAUUUAGUACGGUCCCAAAAGGGUGCUCUCAAGAAUUGAGGGAGGGGAAUGAGAACAAAGGGCCUUCUUUUCUAUAUGAUAGUGACUAAAUUUAAUUUUUGAAAUGUUUGAAAUAUCUAAAGUAGAAGGGGUUUUUAGGUUU